AUGAAGAGUAGUGAUUUCUCUUAUCACCUAUAUACUUCUGCUAUGGAAGGAAUCAAGAAAAACUGGCCAAAGGGAAACCUGUCUAUCAUGAGGACCAACCGUGCAGAAGUUUCCACUGAGUGUUGCUACCCUAGGCACGGCAACGUAAGCAGCCAGGCGAUCCUGCCCACCUGGGUGCCCUUCAGGACCACAAUGUCCUUGGAGGAGAAGCUGGCUUUCUCCCUGUGCCUGAUGGAGGAGAAUUGGAACACCAAGAAGAUGUCUCCCACUUUCCACCUGGGUAAGGUGGCCCAUCUACAGGUUGAGUUCUGCACUGGCAGCCACCUGCCAUUUCAGCUCUUCAUGGACCACUGUGUGGCCACACUGAAACCAGACCAGGACACGUCCCCUCAUCACACCAUCAUGGACUUCCACAGCUGCCUUGUGGAUGGGCUAUCUGACAGCACUUUUGUAUUCGAAGCCCCCAGACCCAGGCCAGACACGCUUUGGUUCAUGGUGGACAUGUUCUACUUCGCUAAUAACUCCAGAAACAUGUAUAUAUAUAUCACCUGUCAUCUGAAGGUUACUGCAGCUAACCAAGUCCCAGACCAACUCAACAAAGCCUGCUCCUUCAACAAGCCUUCCAACAGCUAGUUCCCAGUAGAAGGCACUGCUGACAUCUGUAAGCGCUGUGACAAGGGAGAUGGUGGUGGUCCAGGCUAUUUCAGGAGGCAACUCCCUGAGGUGAGCCAAGGAUUCAGAGCCACUUCACAGAAGGGGAACUGCAGGCACGUAACAGAAGAAGCAGAUGUCACCGUAGAACCACAGAUCUUCCUGGCAAGGGCUAGUGACCACAGUGUGGAGGGCUGGACCCUUCCCACUCAUAUCCCCAUGGUUCUGGGCUUGGGCCUGGCUGCAGUGGCAUUCCUGAACCUGUCUGUUGUCCUGGGUCUUUACAGGAGGUACCACACUGCUUCCUAUUCUGUGUUCCUUCCUCAAUAA